UGCUGGAACCUAUUUGUAUUUCAUUCAUUGAUGAGGGAGUCAUUAUCAACAUUGCGAUUCGCGUAAAGCACAGAGGCCAAGUAUGGAGCCGCUUAACACAUCAGACUUAUACUUCUAUGAAGAUAUGUACACAAACGAAACUUUUUUUCCGAGCGGUUUUCCUUCGAAGAACACCGUCGUGGCAUGGUGUGUUUUCUUGUCGCUUGAAGCACUUCUCAUCACCAUCUGCAACUUGCUGACAAUCAUUACUUUCGCUAUAAAUCGACACUUGCAGAAACGAAGCUCUUAUUGCCUUAUAAACCUGGCAGUCGCUGACCUGAUGGUUGGUUCAGUUGCUAUCCCAAUGAACGUGUAUAAUGUAGGACUAGUGUACGGAUUUUGGGGAGUUUUUAUGGAUCAAGAUUUAUUGAUCAAUAUUGUGUAUACCAGCCUUGUCCUUCAUGUAUUUUCGGGUUUGGCGUCACUUUUUGCCUUGGUAUUGAUGUCAAUGGAGAGAAUGUUGGCAACAGUAUGGCCGUUGCGACAUCGUACUUUCACAAACCGAUUGUACAUCUUUGGCUUCAGUAUCCAAUGGUUUAUAGCCGCUGCUGUAUCGGCUGUUUGGACCUGUAGUCUGAUAUACCUAGAUCUAAAUGCUUCUCUUUACGUUUGGAUACCAUCGAUGUUUAUAUCUGUAAUAGUUAUCUGUGCAUCGUACAUUGCAGUUUUUAUUGCAGUCAAACUUCAGAACAAAAAGCACCAAAAUUCGCUUCAGAAAAGUACUUUCCGCAAGGAAAAGGAACUGGCGGUAACGCUGUUUAUAGUCGCAGCAAUCUCGCUGGCAAGCUGGGUUCCUUAUGCGGUGGUCGAAGUAAUCAAUUUCAGACAAGAAAUAAGUUUACCAUUCAGCGUCCUUUACGCCGCAAUACUGCUCGCCAACUUAAACUCUCUUAUCAAUCCAAUUGUAUACGUGUUCCGAAUGCUGUCAUUCAGAAGUGCCUUGAUCCGGCUCAUUCUUAAAUGUUCGCGUGAUAAGCCUGCUAGAAGAUCUCUAACUAAUAGCCGUCAUGAAAAUCCAACAAGCGAAUUGAAUUAUUUGAUAGCUCAGAGACGACAAAGUCGACCCGCUUCUUCUAUAAGGAAUGCAACAUUAGUUUGAGGAAAAAUUAAACGCAGAGACACUGGAUAUCUAGAAAAGAAUAUAUAUUAACAUCAAAGUCAAGUUUUCUUAAUCCUGUUUAUGGAAAUAUGACACUUGUUCCAGUUUCCGGUUUGAAAAACUAUCCACACAAUACUCAAAAUCAGUAACAGAAAAUUGUGGUUAAUUUUUGCUAGACUUUUAGAUCAUCGCUUGGCAGAGCAGGGUAAAAAGAACAAAAAUUAAAAGAAAGAGUGCAUAAAUGUUAAGUUUAAUGCUUAACGAUAGAACUAUUCCUUUCAAAACAACACUUUAAAUAAUGAUUGAACAACUUGGAAUCGAUACAGUUCUGAAAAAAUAUGUUAUAUUAGUUCUACAGCUCACGAAAUGUAAAUAAGAA